ACUGUGACUGUAAUUAUUAAAGUUAAAGGUCAUUCAUUGCAACUCGCUACAAACAUAAAGGACGAAAAAUAUAAUUUACCCUUUUACUUUUAGAAAAACAAACUGCACGACCUACAUCUCCAGGUCGUCUGUCGAUCUUCAACCAUCUUCACAAGCUGCUGCAACCCAUUGUCCUUCCUUUAACGCCGUCAAAUCCCUCUUCAUUCAUCCCUACCACCGUCUCCAAAUCAAACUGAUUUACCACUUUUGGAAGCUGUUUUGGGCUUCGCUUUUAGUUUGCCGUUUUCUUAGUCAGGUUGCAUGGUCUGUUGCUUGCGAAGACUAUACCUUCACUGUGCAUGUUGCUUAUUUUUUGGCUUAUAAAGUGCUACUUGUGAGCUUGCGGUGUUAAAGGUUGCAAAUUGUCUUGAUCGUCGGAUAUCAUUGAGAAAUAAACAGGAAGAAGUGUUAUCGCCUGCAAUUCUUCCCGGUAUUGAAUGAGUAAAGAAUCAAGCUACACGUCUACUCAACCUGCCGCAAAGCGUGGGGCAUUAUUUACUAGUUAUUGACAAUUGAUGACUUUGAUUUCUCUUCCAAGCUACUAGCUUAUUAUUGAUUUGAUUCCAUCUUUGUAUUUUAUAUUUUCUAUAUUACUUUUGUUGUAUGUUGACCAUUGGAAAUUUUCGUUGGAGGAAGAGAUGUAUGAAUAAAGGAACAAAGUUGACUCGACCUGAUGGUCCAUCAUCAACUCAGUCAGAUCUUCAUGUUUGUCUGCUUUGAUUAGGCUUUGUAAUUUCAUAUAGUAGGAUGUCUUUCAUGAAAGAUUUUGAUCAUCUUAAAAUUCAAAUGCAAGAUGUAGCAUCAGCCACCAACAACUUUGAUCCCACCAAGGUGAUCGGGCGUGGUGGAUUCGGGAAAGUGUAUAAAGGAGAACUCUCUUCCUCGGAGGGUCAAAUCACAGUCGCUUUUAAGCAACUUGAUCGCAGACUGGGGCAAGGGAACAUUGAAUUUUGGAAGGAGGUCAUGAUGCUUUCCGAAUACAAACAUGAAAAUCUCAUCUCCCUUAUGCACUUUUGCAUUGAGGGUGAUGAGAUGAUCCUGGUCUAUGAGUAUGCUUGCCGUGGAAGCCUUGACCGGUAUCUAAAUGAUAGUACUCUCACUUGGAUCCAGCGCUUGAAGAUAUGUGAUGGGGCUGCACGUGGGCUACAUUUCUUACACGAUCCUAAGGAUACACAACAAAGAAUUCUUCAUCGUGACAUCAAAAGUGCAAACAUUCUUUUGGAUGAGAAAUGGACGGCCAAAGUUUCUGAUUUUGGAUUGUCAAAAGUUGGCCCUGCUAACCAAGCGCACACAUAUCUUGUGUCCCAUGCUGUUGGCACACCUGGGUAUUGUGAUCCGUUAUAUAUGGAGUUGGGUUUUCUAUCAAAAGAGUCUGACGUGUACUCUUUUGGAGUGGUGUUGUUUGAAAUUUUGUGUGGGAGAUUAUGCAUCGAGUAUCACAAGCAUGAGCUGACUAAAAUCUUGGUGCGUGAGUGGAGACGAUGCUACGAGGAGAAGAGGUUAGAUGAUAUUAUUCUUCCUGGUCUGAAAGAACAAAUGGAUCCAGGUUCUUUGAAAUCAUUUUCAGCCGUUGCCUAUCGGUGUGUGAAGAAAGCUCGUGAAGAGCGGCCGACGAUGGCUGAGAUCGUAAAGGAACUUGAGUUUUCACUCAAGCAACAAAAAGCCUCCGAUUCUUGA